ACUAACGAAGCGCGCGUAUAUAUGUGAGCCGUUAGCUCCAUCGCCCUAUUCCCGCUACCGCUGCCGCCGCCAUGUCGCCGCUCGCCUGCUCGCUGCUCGCGCUCGCCGCACUGCUCGCCGCCGCCGACGCUAAGGCGAACCCGUUUUGCGACUCUGCAUUAAUAGGCGAUGUGACAGACAACCCUAUUACAUUUCAUUUGACACUGACUGGGGGUAUAUCCAAGCAAGUUCCUAAUAAAUGCGCCAUGCCAGGAAGUGAGUUAGCGGGCGAGUCCCUCAACGUGUGUAAUACUCCCAUGUCUAAACCCAAAAUUCAACUUGCGGUGGGCAGCCGCUUAAACUACUCUCCCAUUAUGGUAGACUGUCCAAGCUCUAUUCCUGGAUGUUCAAGCCUCGAUCUGCAGGUGACGCAGUUCUGCAAGCCAGCUGGUCUGCCACCGGUUGGAUUAUAUUAGCAUCCUAUGUUUUUCUUGGUUGAAAUCAAGAAUUAAAAAUAUUGGAUUAUUAAAA